CCAUUCCCCCCCUCACCACUCGAUCGCCGCCUACCGUUUCUGUUUUGGAAUUCGAAGCAUCCAUGGCCGCCGCCGAAGACCAGCAACCGGAAUCUUUGCCGGAUUAUCCUCAGAUGAUCAUGGCCGCGAUUGAGGAGUUGAAUGAGAAGGACGGAUCUAGCAAAGACGACAUUUCGAGGCACAUAGAGACCGCAAAAGGCGGCGUUCCUCCGUCUCACCACGCGCUGCUUAUUCACAGCCUCGAAAGGAUGAUUCAGAGCGGCCAGCUCGUCUUGAUGAAGAAUAACUACAUGAAGGCCGACGCGAAUGCUCCGCCGCGCCGAGGUCGCGGCCGUCCUGCAAAGGCUAAGACGGCCUCACCUACUGAAGCACCGGUCUCAGGCCCGCCCCGUCCGCGUGGCCGCCCUCCUAAGGCGCGUGACCCUCUAGCUCCGGAGAGUUCUUCUAUGAAAAAGGCAUCUGCUUCUAUUCCUGGCCGGAAACGAGGAAGGCCGUCUAAGGCUUCCAACGCUGGUGCUGCUGCUGCACCGCCGGCAGCGAGCGGUGCUCCGGUUGCACCCAGAGGGAGAGGGAGGCCGCCGAAGGUGAAGGUGAACCCGGCCAUGGCUGCAACAGUUGGAGCAUAAUAAUGAUACUUGUUGAAAUAAAAGUAGCUUUAGUGAUCAGCUCGUAUUAUUCUGUCUUUUUUUGCAUUUAGUCCUUGUGUUUUUGUUUAAUUUAAAUGUAGCGCCCUGUUAAGUAGAGAUCCAUGUAUGUAUAUGUCUGUAUGAGGCAAACUGAGUCAUCGGCUUUAUAGGCCAUUGCUGUUUAUCACUGCUCUUCCUUUUUAUUGUUUUGCUCUUUACCUUUUUGGUGAGUGAUACUGAGAUUUUUUUUUUGAACAAGUGAGUGAUAGUGACGAUGAAAAAUGAUUCUCUCUCUGUCCCAAUUUGAUGAUUGCAUAUUUUCUUUCGGGGCAGUUUCAAAUUGAUAGUCCCAUUUCCCUUUUUGAAAAGAAAUAUACGGUCCACA